ACGUUUGAAUUAAUAGGAAAAGUGGUUGUUACAAAAAAUGCAUUUGUUUAUACAAGUGUACGAUAUAUUUUUUUCAUUGAAUAGUAUACAAUCCGAAAAAGUGCAGCAUACGCCUAUACGUACAUAUAAACGAAAAUUUUAUUUUACUAUAUGCAUUGCGGUUGCCCCACACCUAUUUUCCAGCACUUCCCUUUUAUAAUGUUUCGCUUUGAUGUUUAUUACACACCCACAUUUUCGUUGUGUUUACAUUUUUAAGUGCAGCCAUACUGACAGCUGCGAAAAUAACAACCGAAUAAGCAACUCCAUAGUGUGCUACUAAUAUAAUAGAUGCAACUUGUCCCACCACAUAGCUCGUAACGCAACGAAAUUCAGCCACAAUAACAACAAGAACAACACAAACAAAUGGGCAUGUCAGUCAUUCAUACAUUCAAUUCGACUCUCACGUCUUCUCAUAUUUCAAUCGGCUAAUUGCUAUUUGUUUGCCCACCACCCCCACUACAAUGGGCGCACGCAUUUACUAUUUCCCACGACUCUUCAACUACCAAAGACGCUCAAUCAAAUAUAGACUCUUCGUCUGGGAAUAGCAACUCACAAUUUAGUAAAUGUGAUUUUUAAUUGCUUUCUACUGUGUUACUCGUUAUGUGCUUAGAAUGCGUUUGGCUGGCAUAGAGCAAUGUAUUUAAGCCAUGACAUGAGCGGUAAUUGUGGGGCAAACAGUAGUACGAGUGUUAUCAGUUUCACUUUUGAUGACGUGCUGUAGCGUUGUAAAUGGCAAAUAUACUUUAUCACAAGCAAGUUGAUAACCGCUCAUUUAGUUGCAAUUGUGCCAAUAUGCCAACAACACAAAUCCGCCGAAGCUAGUUAAGCGCUAUUAAAGUCUAGCAAACUUAGUUAUACUUAAUAAGAAUAUAAAGUUGUUUUCUUUAAAAAAAAUAUAUAUAAUAAAUGUUCAGCGCUUUCCACAAGCCUAAACGCUUGCGUUGGCCUAAACUGGAGCGUGCUAAGCGGCGAAGCAAGGAUGAGAGGGAAACGAUGAUUGUCUUCGUCUACGACACCGAAUGUCUUAAGGACGAAGCAGAUGAUCCGGUGAAAGCAGUGCUCUACUUUCAUCCCAGCUGGGUAUCAGACACACAAAAAGUGGCGCUAUGCGGCCAACUAAUGGGUACAUCGUACUUUCUGAAGGACUGUUUCUUUAAACCGAAAAUUAUGGCUUUGCAAAAUGGCAAAUUUGUGUUGAAGGAAUUCGGUAGAUUUACGUUGGCCGUCGGCACGGAUCGCAACAUCUCAGAUUGUUUGCUUGAGCAGCGCGCUGAUUUGCUGGCCUCACUGGUGAAGUUCUUCCAUCGCGAUCUGCAGAGUCUCUUCGAUCAGUUUCCACAACAGGCGCAAUAUAAGAAUCUCUCCGAAAAGUUAUAUCACAUUUUCGAAACAUAUCUGCCGAUUUUACAACGUAACGGACAUAUUUUCCAAAACGUACCCAAACUGCGUAUGCCGAAGACCGCCAGCAAUAUAUUUUUGGAUGCCAUACAAACAUUGCAAUGCUGUCAACAGACAAAGGGCAUACUGGGCGGUGCCGUGCUCUAUCAUAACAAAGUGGUGGCCUCCCAACUUGGCGAUACCAUUACCAAGCAGCUGGUGCUAACCGAUCCGCUGCACAUACGCACCACCGCCGAACAGUUACACAACACCGACUUUCACAUACCCAACGGCGUACAAAUGUUGGUCGUUUAUGUGGAUGUACCGCAAUAUAGCCGCUUGGCGGCAGACGCGCAACGCGCACAAACGCUACAGACCACACAACUGUCGCAGGGACUGUUGCCCUUCCAGUAUGCGAAGCGUAAAAUGAAACGCGACAAAUCCUUAAUUUUCACCAACAUACCAGAGGAAGGCAGCACUGCUGGCGGUACGGUAGGUGAAACGGCGGAGGAAGUGGUCGCAGUGUCGCAAACACCCGCUGCAGUGCGUCCAAAAUCAUUGCUGAUACGCCCUACACACUUGCCACUGCGUAAUCGCAAUGGCAUUGGUAGUGCGAAGGAGCUGCCGGAGUCGGGUAUUGCUUCGAUAAAUUUCGAUGAGACCGAUUCAUAUCCGGAGUUUAUCGGACGCACUAGUGUGUGUUCGACGCCCAUGACUGAGAAUAAAGUGCUUCAAGUGGGGAAUAUUAUGUCCAUUUGCGCCAAUCCGGAGGACGAGAGCAACUCGAACAAGAAGAAGAUACAGGCAACCAACCGACGCAAUUCGUUGAAAUUCGAUUUUGAGAAAUUCUUUCAAAACUUCAUUGCCAACCCAAACAAACAAAUGGAGCGUCGCAACUCUUUCACCGAUCUGCAAGAUUCUUUGAAGAAGAUCUCCAAGAAGCUGUCGCUCAAACAAUUUUCGCAUAGCUUUAAGACUGACGUCAAUCGCAAUGGCAGCAUAAGCGGCAUUGAGGCAUUAGAAUCUCCCGAUUUUAUUGAGAAUGACGAUGAUCUGGAGGCCGAGCAAAAUUCGGACAACUCGGAUGAGAAUAAUCGCACAUCACGCACCAUAACCGAUCCCACCUAUCCCGUUUUCAAUGAGAAUGGACAACCCAUAUCGCGUAGUCUCUUCCAGGAGUUCAUCGAGAAAUACUAUCGCCUGUGGGCGGAGCAUGGCAGCGGCACGGACAGCGCCAAGAAGGAUGUGGAAAUCGCACAACUCAUUGAGGAAUUCAAAGAGUUCGAUAAUGAGCUGAAAAAACUAGACGAAUCGCUGCGUCAGGACGCCGGCGAUAAUAGCAAUAGCACACAGCUCAAGGCCGAUCGCAAUUUGAAUACCGAACCGGCUGGGAUCGUGCCGGCUGUGGUGAAAACACCACUCGAUAAGAAAGCGCUUAGUCUGCCACUGAAGCCACUCGCCGACGCCGUCGCCUCCGCAAACAAUGAGCGUGAGCAGCCCUGUGUUGCCGCGAAUCGCAGACAAAGCGGCGGCGUGCCACUCACACCGCUCAUGGCUAAACUCUCUGUGUUGGCGCUGAAUGAGGAGCACAAUGGCAGCGGCGGCGGUUGGGAUGCCAACGCGGUGGAAAUACAAACGCCAUUAAACACAACUAAAGUAUUCUCGCGUCGCAACUCGUUGAAGUGUGACGAUGCAGUGGAUGCCUUAGCGACAUUGCCCACCAACCUGCAGUCGGCCAUGAAUGGCCUAAAGCGACUGGAGUUGUACAUGUGUGGGCAGCAAAAUAUGACUUUGCUGCUGCUGAUGGAGGAGGGUACGGCGAGACAACAGCCUGUGGUGCAGAAGAUGUUCGAUAUUUGCGUUGCGAAAUUUCCGCAUAUGGAAUCGCAUUUAAAUCAAACGCUCAAUGUCAAUGUUGAAGGCGAUAAGCGUGACGGCGCCUACAGCUUCAUGAGCAUCGAUGCGAAAUGGGAUACAUUGGAGCGCAAUGGACCAUGGAAUCCAUUGGAAUUAAAUACGCUCGAAUGCAUGCAUCAAGAUUUGCAGCCGAACGAUGAGAUCUCCGACUUGAUUUUGAGAUCACACGAUGCCGUCUACUACGGCUACAAGUCUGGACGCUCCGAAUUCUUUUACAAAGAAUCUGCACAUGCCACCAAUGGCAUACCGCCACCCUCCGACCCUAUGGGCAAUGUAACGAUGCGCGCCAAAACACAUCUGGAGCGUGAUCAUUCAUAUAUUUUAUUCUAAAUUUGACAAACGUUUGCAGCAGCAUAAAUAAUUUUAACAAUUUACAGCGUUGCCGGAUCGCAAUGAGAGUCGCAAGCGGAGUAAGAUAGCAAAAUAUUGUGUGUAUGUAUGUAUUUUUCUUUGCUUUUUAUUUCAAUUCUUAUAGUAGUGAUACUCAAACAAGCUAGAAUAUUGACUAUGUAGUAGAAUUAACAACAACAAAAACAGCAAAAAUAUGUUUCACUUAAACUCAUUAGUGCGCCAUUAGCCUAGCGCCGCCAAUUCUAAGUAGUACACAAAAUAUUUUGACUAAACUACUCACAACCUAAAAAGUUAAGUGUUAGAGACGAAGUGAAGUGAAAAAAGAAAAACAAAAGAAAA